AUUCACUCUCAUCGCCAAACACGAUGCUGAGCAUGGCAGCAGCGAAUCUGCGACGGCCGCUCGUCCGCCUCGCUCACGCGUCAGCCAUUCCUACGACUAAGACUGCUACUAAGAUUACUACUACUGGUGCUGCUGCUGCUGAUGCACGGCGGCCUGGAACACGGCUCAAGCCAAACCUCGACCGCAAGACUCCCGCGCGAGACGUAUCUGCAGCGACCACCAUUGCAGCUGCAGCAUCUGACUCUCGAGCUGGAGCUGGAUCUGGAUCUGAGCCUGGAUCUGGGUCUGGGGCCGGUGCUGGCGCUGGGUCAUCCAUGCUGAAGCGAGUGCGAACAUGGACGGACGACCGCCUCAAUGCAAAUGCAAAGCCAGCCAACCGCGUGUCGAACACCAACCCACCAUCACCACCAAGGGGAUUGCCAUCAUCAUCACAGUCAUCUGGAUCCGGAGCGCAAACAAGUGUUGCAGCAAAGCCAUUGCAGCUGGGACCAAGCGCGAAGGGAAGCAAGUCGGACAAGGCCAGCUCAAAACCUCAACAAGCACAGCAAGCACAACAAGCACAACAAGCACAACAAGAAUCCAAGAAGCAAGUUCAAGAAUCCACGACGGAGAGCAAACUUUCGCCAAUAUUAGCGCAGGCGAGCGGGCACGCAGCAUCCGCGUUGACCUUGAAUCCAUCCUCCGCGUCGUCCUCCUCGUCGUCCAAUCCACGCCAGAUUCCGCCACUCGCUGCCGCGAGUUCAGAGCUGGCUAUUGCUGCAACCUUGAGUCGACUACGGCAAGCGCGAACUCUUGCUUCAGGCGCGCCCCGCCCGGUCGAUUUUGUGAAUACCCUCGACCCAAGCAGCCUCGCACCACCGAUCGUCCAUGCUGCAGCGUCGGGUGAUCCGGCCAUCGUUAAUGUGUUGCUCGCUGCACAGGCCAAUCCAGAUACUCCAACUGCGCAUGGCGACACGGCAUUGAGCUAUGCAGCAUCCAAAGGCUCUUGGAAGGUUGUUUGCGCGCUACUCUCGGCUCGCGCCAACACUGAGGCCACCAACAAGCAGACACGCGCCACCCCUCUCACGUAUGCUGUCAGCGUAGAUCAGGUGGAUGUAGUCUUGGCACUGCUGGCGGCCAACGCCAAUCCCAAUGCUGCCACCAGCGAUGGUCAAACUGUUCUGAUGGACGCUGCCGCUCGUGGUCGAGUGUGGCUAGUACAAGCCCUUCUCAAUGCGAAUGCGAAUGUCGAUGCUCAAGACCAGGCCGGCUGGACUGCGCUCAUGCACGCCUCAUCCCGGGGACACUCGGCAGUUGUCAAACUCUUGUUGGAGUCUGGUUUGGCCAAUACCUCGUUGACAACAGCAACGUCAGGUCAAACGGCUGAAGCACUGGCGUUGGAUGAGCGAUGUCGCCUUAUCUUUGCCAAUCUGCGCUCGACACUCGUCCAGCCUUCUGGCGAACAUCAAGCCUCCACAAUCGAUUUGCGUGCCCCGUCGACUCCGGUUGAUCCUUCGCCCUCUGUUGCUGCUGAUGCUGCUGCUGUUGCUGUUUCUGUCUCUUCCUCCUCCUCCUCUCCGCUUUCGCAUGUGGCUCCGGCUACUUCUACGCCGCCGCUUGUGCCAACUGUCACCGCAACCGCAUCGCCAGCUUCCCCCGCUCUUGACGGCAAUUCCACCCGGCUCCCAGCAGCCAUCAUUGCGAGCCACCUUCCACUCGUCGAGCAGUGUAUUGCCGAGCACCCCGAGUGUGUGAAUUUGGCAGACGGCCCAGACGGCUGGACGCCGCUCAUCCGUGCCGUCAACCUCAACAACGAACAGAUUGUGCGGCUGCUGUUGAAAGCCAACGCCAAGCCGAAUGUCCGCGACGCAUCUGGUGCGACCGCUCUAAACUAUGCCGCUGACGGUGGCAUGCACUCUAUCGUUCGCCUGCUAUUACGCGCGAAUGCGCGCUCGGGCAUCAGCAACAAGGAUGGGUGGGUUCCCUUGACGAGCGCGGCGAGUCGCGGCCAUGCAGCAAUCGUAAGGGCGCUGCUGGAAUCGGGUGCGUCCACGUCGCUGCGGGACAAGGACGGCUGGUCACCCCUGCUCCAUGCGGUGGCGAACGGGCAUGCUGCUGUGGUGGAUUUGCUGGUCGCCUCGGCAGCCAAUAUUAAUGAGCGUAACAAGGACGGGUGGACACCCCUGAUGGCUGCUGCCAGCAUCGGCGACGCGGCCAUUACUCGCUCGCUCCUCGAAGCAGGCGCAAAGUGGAACGCGUAUGAUGCGACGGGCGGCAGCGCCUUCACCUACGCAGCCGAAGCCGGGCAUCUCGAAGCGAUUCGCCUUCUUUUGGCUGCAGGACUGUCGAACGAACAAGAGCUCGUGCGCAUUCUCAACACGGGCAUGGAUGACUCGGAGAGCACCACACCCCUGUUGAGCGCCGUGAUUAACAAGUUUGCCGACAUUGCUGCCGAGCUCAUGAGCGCUGGCGCGGAUCCCAACACGACAAGCCAAGCAUCGGGCAUGUCGAUGCUCUGUGUUGCAUCCAGCGAAGGCCAUGAAGCGGUCGUCGAGCGGCUGAUUCAAGCUGGCGCCGACAUGGACCUUGCGGACGCCGAGGGUUGGACACCUCUCAUGCACGCGGCGAGCAAUGCUCACACCUCAGUUUGCGCGCAAUUGAUUGCUGCAGGCGCCAGUCCUACACUUACCAACAAUCAAGGGCGUACAGUCUUUGACACUGCAUCCGACAGCGUUGUUCGCCGCGGCCUGCUCCGUGCGAUUGAUGAACGCGAGCGCAAAGCCGCCGGCGCGGCUGCCGUUCAGCCAGACGGCACUCCUGUCUUUGCUGUUGAUGAGUUUGCAGGCCACUGAGUCUGGUCGCGUGUUGCUCCUUCAUCGACCGCCGUCUCUCUUCUCGCUUUUUCCACGCUAUUACUUAUUGGUUCCAAUACACUGUAAUUCAGUUGCAG